AUGAUAGUGGUGGACUUGAAACUGAAAGGAAAUGCAGACAGGGAGGACCUCAAUACAGUGCUGAAAUCUUUACAAGUGAAACUUGAACACAAUGAGAACAUUAGAGGCGAGUUUGAGAAUACAUUUCAACACAUCAAGUCUCAAGCUGAGCACACAGAGCAUCAGAUUAAACAGCAGUUUGAGAAGCUUCAUCAGUUUCUCAGAGAUGAAGAAGAAGCUACAAUCACUGCACUGAGGGAGGAAGAGGAGCAGAGGAAGCAGAUGAUGAAGGAGAAGCUGGAGGAGAUGAACAGACACAUCUCAGCUCUUUCACACACAAUCAAAGACAUGGAGGAGAUGAUGAAAGCCAGUGACGUCUGCUUUCUGAAGGAGUUUCCAGUCUCGAUGGAAAGGUGA